CAUAGCUAGUCUAUCCAUAAUUGACAUGCACAGCGGCAACCUACUGCGCAGCAAGUGCAUUGCAAAGACGAUUCUUAAACUGCGUGCACAGUUGCAGCUCUUUCCCUCCCUAGUACCAUCCUUGGGCAGUCAGAGUGCUCUUGUGACUUUCAGCAGACAAGCGACAGAGCACCGACGGUCGCCGCCGACCCCGGCACGAACCCUCGGGCCUGCCUUUCUACCUGAGACCCGCUUCCGGCCCCACCGGCUUCCGCCCUUUGCAGUGCCCAGCCGCAACCAGUCGGUAGCAGUCGGCUCCACCUUCUCUGAUACCAGACCAGCCGCGGAGCCGCCGAGCAGUGGCACUGCUGCGGACGACAGCGCGCAGCCGGAAAGACAUCCAGGGGAGCCGCUCGGGGGAGCGGCCAGCCGCGCACGCCGCGGGCGGCGCGGCAGCAUGGCGAACAGCAAGUACGAGUACGUGAAGCAGUACGAGCUUGAUGACUCACUGCUGCCGGGCUGCUGGAUCGUGGUGCGCAUCGACGGCAAAGGCUUCACCAAGUUCAGCGAGCUGCACGGCUUUGAGAAACCCAACGACAAGCGGGCAUUGGACCUCAUGGACGAAUGCGCAAAGGAGGUGCUGAACGAGUUCCCGGACGUGCGGUUGGCGUACGGCGAGAGCGACGAGUACAGCUUCGUGCUUGGUCGAAGCACGGACAUGUACGGGCGGCGCGCCAGCAAGAUUGUGUCGUUGCUGGUGUCGUGCUUCACGGCCAAUUACGUCGCCAAGUGGGCGGCCUUUCUGCCCGACACGCCGCUCCGGUCCACGCCCAUGUUUGAUGGGCGGGCGGUGUGCUACCCGCUGGACUCCAACCUACGGGACUACUUGUCAUGGCGCCAGGCCGACACACACAUCAACAACCAGUACAACACGUGCUUCUGGGCGCUGGUCAAGUCCGGCAAGACGCCCACGGAGGCUCAGGCCACGCUGCGGGGCACGCAAACUGCGCAAAAGAACGAGUUGCUGUUCAACGAGUUCGGGAUAAACUACGCGCACCUGCCGGAGCAAUUCAAGAAGGGGUCCGUGGUGAUACGGCGCAAGACGAUGGUAGAGGUGAAGCAGCGCGCGGACGGCACGCCUGUGCUGCGCGAGCGCAAUUUGCCCACGGUGCUGCACACCGACAUCAUCCGGGAGGAGUUCUGGCAGGAGUACCCGCACCUGAUGGCUCCCUAAGCGAUACUGCCAGUGCACAGGCGCGGGUUCCGUGGGUGGCUGUUGGCGCCAGGCAGCCGAGGCUGGCAGCUGCACGCAGGCCGGGUUGGAAGGAGUGGACUGUGUGGCGUGGUCUGGCACUUUAUGGUGGGAUGGUGUCCGAGUAAGGAGCCGUAUCCAUCACGUCGGCGGCGGGAAGGGGGGGGGACCAGUGUGGCGUUGGCAGGAUCGCCGGGCAGGGGAGUAUCGGGCGGGUUAGUGCCGAGCGCACUUGAGCAAGUACUGCGAGCGACAACUGGUAAUUUACGUUGAAG